AUGGACCUUGGGGCUGAGGCAGAAAGAGAAAACCAAACCAGUGUCCAGCAAUUCCUGCUCCUUGGCUUUCCCGGCUCUUGGUCGUUUCGGCUCUCCCUCGCGGCAGUGUUUUCAAUUCUGUAUUUCCUGUCGGUGAUGGGGAACACAUUUGUGAUUGUCUUAGUGCGGACCCACCCACGACUCCACACUCCGAUGUACUUCCUCCUCUGUAAUCUCUCCUUCCUGGAAAUCUGGUACACCACCGCAUUUGUCCCCAAGGCCAUUGGCGUCAUGCUGGGCACCAGCCAAACCAUCUCCUUCCCCGGCUGCAUCCUGCAGUUGUAUUUCAUCUUCUCACUGGGCUCAUCGGAGUGUCUCCUCCUGGCCGUUAUGGCCUAUGACCGCUAUCUGGCCAUAUGCCACCCUUUGCGUUAUAGCACGCUCAUGAACAUCACCUUCUCUGCUCAGCUGGCCCUCGGAGCUUGGUUGUGUGGGUUCCUGGAGAUCUCCGUUUUGGCAGCUCUAAUAUCCAGGUUGUCCUUCUGCGGCCCCAAUGUCAUCAAUCACUUCUUUUGUGACAUCGAUUCCUGGAUCGCGCUCUCUUGCGCCGACACAAGUCUCGUUGAGCGGGCAACUUUCAUCGUCUCCAUUAACAUCCUUCUGGGCUCAUGCGUGAUAAUCCUGGUCUCCUACAUUUACAUCAUCUCCACCAUCUUGAGAAUCCCGUCGGCCCAAGGUCGGCAAAAGGCCUUUUCCACCUGCUCGGCCCACCUCACCGUCGUGACACUAUGGUACGGCUCCACCAUUUUUCUGUAUGUCAAGCCUUCAGCACAGAACUCAUUGGAUCUUAACAAAAUAGUCAACAUCUUUAAUACGAUUGUGACACCGAUGUUAAACCCUUUCAUUUAUACACUGCGGAACAAAGAGGUGAAGCGAGCCCUGGAAAAGGCCAUCAGGCGGAUGUGA